AUGCCUUCGUUCGGCGAUUUUAUCCGCACCCAGUGGAUCAUCAAGAUCCCCCGCCCGUCGGCCUCGUUUGCCGCCAAGACGGUCGUCAUCACCGGCGGCAACGCCGGUCUGGGCAAGGAAGCCGCCAAGCACAUCGUCCGUCUUGGCGCGGCCAAGGUCAUUCUCGGCUGCCGCAGCCUGGACCGGGGCAACAGCGCCAAGCGGGAGAUUGAGGCGCUGCUGAAAUGCAGCCCUGACGUAGUCGAGGUGUGGGAGCUCGACCUCGAGUCUCCCUCGUCCGUCAAGAGCUUCGCGGACCGCGCCAACGCCCUGCCCCGGCUCGACGUUCUGAUCAACAACGCCGGCAUGCAGACCCAGCAGUUCCAGGUCGUCUACGGCACGGAGCGCAUGGUGGCCGUGAACGUCAUCGGGACCUUCCUGCUCGCCGUCCAGCUGGUUCCCAAGCUCAGGGAGACAGCCCGCAACUUCAAGACCACGCCGCACAUGACCUUCGUCGGGUCCGCCCUGUACGACGUGGCCAAGUGGCCCGAGAACCACGGUGGUGACAUCUUCGCCUGGUUCCAGGACGAGUCGCACGUGAACAAAAUGAACCAGUAA